AUGUUUCAGUACUCACCAACUAAGGGAAAGAGAUACACAGAUGCCCUCGGACGUUCAUUAUAUGCAAUACUUCUGGCUCAGAAGUCGACAAACGUAACAAAAUGUAUAAAGGGUCUCAGACCAGAUAUCAGUUUCCUACGCACAUACAGCGUCGAGUGUGACAGUUCUGGGAACAGCUGCAGCGGUAUGAUAGCUGUGUCGGAAGAAGGCAGAGCCAUUUACCUCUCUUUUAGAGAUGCCUCAUCCAAGAAACAGCAUAUGUUGAACAAGGUGAUCACCUCCUCAGUACGUGACCAAGGAAGUAAAAACGAUUUGGACAAUGGCGGUACAAGAUAUCAAUACUACGAGCCAUGCGCUGGUACAGCACAUCAACUUCCGUGUAAAGGUCUUCAUUGUGGCAUACCCUGA